UUCAAGGACUUUAUAAUAUAUAGAUAUAUAAAUAUAUAUUUAAAAAUAUUAUCAAAAUAAAUAUUUACCAUUCUUGAAGCGAUUAAAAAGUGAAAGUGCAGCGACAAUAUCAAAAAAUUAGCUAGUGCCGUUAUCGCAUUUGAUAAGAAUACAGAUCACUGCCAUAUAAAGUUCCAAACUGAAGAAUGACUCUAUAACUGAAUUACCUCAAACUUUACAACCGAUAAUACUACAAGGUCAACAAUAACUGCCAUAUUCAAAACAUAAAAAUAAAUUAUAAAAAAUGGAUGAAAGUUUUAAAACAAAGUAAACGCAAAUCAGACCUAAAUAGUCCUCAGCUAUUACACCCUUCACUUAAUCACCUGUACACUGCUCCUCAUUACCCCCUAAAAUCCUGUGCCUAAUUCUUUAAGCACAGCACAUAUACCUAAUAUGCAUCCAACACACAAUACACAUGAAGUCGAUGUGACCAAUUCACAUGGAAAUACUACAUCUCCUAACUCCAAAGUCCAAACAAGCUCUCCCACUACAAAUGGACACCAGGAAAAAAGCUUCAAUGGAAUUAAACACAAAGAGCACACCAAUGGGGAUACAAAUUUAACAAAUUUAAAUGGAAACAGCACACCACUACAUCACACAAACGGUAACUCCAAUGGUCAUGGCUAUCAGAAUGGUACAAGACGUGAUUCUACACAAGCGUGGACACCUCUGCUAUCAAAUGGCAGUAACGCCAAUGGUACUACUAAUGGAACUACUAAAAACGGAGAAUUAACAGAUGCCACCACAGUGCUCUAUGGUUCACCGAGUAACAACAACGAGUGGAAAGAUGCAGAAGAAAUAAAUAAUUUAAAGAAUGGACUUUUGCAUCAUCAAACAAAUAAUAAUGGUUCAUUACUGAAUGGUAAAAAUGGACUUGGCUUAACUGAUAAAUACGAUGAACAAGAUCCACUCACCGGCCUGUACCAACAAAAACCAACACGCCCCAGUGAAUCCGAUGAAUAUGAUUAUGAUUCCGAUUUGAGUGGUGGUGUUGAACGAAAGACGCCAACAUGCGGUCUCUUUGGUUGUCGACCAAAGUGGGCUCGUAAUUUUGCGUCUACUCACGUAUUCAUGGUGGUAUUUCUGUUAGCUUACAUACUUCAGGGCAUGUAUAUGACCUACUUUGUCUCCGUGAUCACAACAAUAGAAAAGUUGUUCCAAAUCAAAUCGAAAACAACUGGAUUUUUGCUUAGCGCCAGCGAAAUGGGACAAAUCAGUACUGCCAUGUUGUUGACGUACUUUGCUGGACGCGGUCAUAGACCACGUUGGAUUGCUUGCGGUAUGGUGCUAUUCUCCAUAGCAGCUUUUGCCUGCUCGUUGCCGCACUUCAUAUUUGGUAAGCAACUGAUGCAGUCGAGUGCUUUAUUUAGUGGCAACGCUGCUUUUCAAGAGCCAACAACACAAGCCAACUAUGGCUUGAACUUAGAUCUGGCCACACUAAAUGUAAGUUUAAAUCCUAAUUCUAAGAUGACUAUAUUACAAGAUUUGAAUCUCUGUUUGCCCGGUAAUAAUUCCACACUAUUAAGCUCUGAAUGUAAUGAGGAUCGCAAGAUGGAACAAGCAUCUCACUCAAAAAUUACAGUUAUAGUGCUCUGUAUCUUUUUCGCCAGCUUACUAAGCUCAGGCAUAGGCCAAACUGCUGUAGCUACGCUUGGCAUACCAUAUAUCGAUGAUAAUGUGGCCAGCAAACAAUCGCCCAUGUAUAUGGCGAUCACAAUUGGUGUACGAAUUUUAGGUCCAGCAUCUGGAUUUAUAGUGGGCUCAUUCUGCACACGUUGGUAUGUUAAUUUUACUAAUCCAGGUUUUGAUGCCAGUGAUCCACGUUGGAUAGGUGCUUGGUGGUUGGGUCCAGUUGUAAUUGGCAGUUUAAUGAUGCUAUCAUCUAUAGCUAUGUUUUCUUUUCCGAAAGAAUUACGUGGUAAACGUGCACCAAAUGCUAAUGGCACUGCUAAUGGUGGAACGUCAGCAACUCCUGCAGAAGCAGAGGAAAAACCUAAAUUGAGAGAUUUUCCUAAGACUGUACGUCGUCAGCUUAGCAACGAUAUUUUAAUGUUCCGCACGGCUUCCUGCGUAUUUCAUUUGCUACCCAUAGCUGGCCUUUACACUUUUCUUCCGAAAUAUUUGGAAACCCAGUUCCGUUUGGCCACCUACGAUGCUAAUAUGAUUGCUGCUUUCUGUGGUAUUUUGGUUAUGGGUGUGGGUAUUGUUAUAUCUGGACUUGUUAUAUUAAAACUCAAGCCAUCUGCCAAAUCCGUGGCUGCAUGGAUUGCAUUCACAGCUCUUGUCUAUUCAGCUGGUAUGGUUAUACUAAUGUUUGUUGGUUGCAAUAUGAACGAUUUUGCAGGAUACAAACCCACAACGAAACAGACAACUGCACUAAUUGAACCCGCCUGUCCCGCAGUCUUAGACUGUACCUGCGAUAAGGAAAACUUUGCACCUAUUUGUGGUAUUGAUGGCAAAAUCUAUAUAUCAUCUUGCCAUGCAGGCUGCACAGUAUCUGAAAUGCGCAACAUUGAUAAUCGCACAGUGUUUUCAAAUUGCAGUUGCAUUCCAGAUUUUCCAGAGAGCGCUGAGACGUAUAAAGCCGUCAGUGGUUACUGUGAUAGUAAUUGCAAAAAUUUCAUAUUCUUUAUAAUAAUUUUUACGGUUUGUGUAUUUAUGCAUUCUACCUCGGAGGUGGGCAGUAUGCUACUUAUCAUGCGCUGUACACAUCCAAAAGACAAAGCUAUGGCUUUGGGUGUUAUACAAUCAGCAAUUGGACUAUUCGGCAAUGUGCCAUGCCCGAUUAUAUAUGGCGCUGUUGUUGAUUCAGCGUGUCUAAUAUGGAAGACCGUUUGUGGCAAACAUGGCGCCUGUUCACUUUACGAUGCGGAUACAUUCAGACAUUAUUUCUUAGGCAUUACUGCUGGCAUUAUGUUUUUGGCAUUUAUUAUGGACUUGGUUGUAUGGAGUAAAGCACAUCGUAUUGAUAUCGCACCAGAAGAUAAUGGUACCAAAAAUGUUGAUACUGAUUGUAAUAAAUCAAUGGUCACUCCCGAUACAACAGUUUAAAUUGUUUUAAGAAAUUAACUGAAGUUGCGAUAAAGAACAAAAACGCACAAAUUUUAAAGUUAAAUUGCAACUUAGUAAAACCUGCUAGUAAGUUGCUGGCAACUUCUUAAGACAGCAACCCUUAAGAAAAGAUUUCCGAUUUCCAUAUUGUUAACAGCGAAAAUAAUUGUUGAUAGUUAGUUAAGUUUUUUGGUUUAAGUCUGUAGUUAAUUUUAAUAUAGUCACUUAUAUUUUCCAUAUAAUUAAUUUUAAUUUAUGCAAUAGAGUAUGUCAAUAUGUUAAGGCCACACUUAAAAAUAUACUUCUACAAGGGUAAUAUAAACCUGCAAAAACUUUAAAAAAACAAUUUUAUAAAAUUUAUUAUAAUAAGUUUUAUUUAACUAUAUAAUAACCUUGAAUAUGCUAAUAGAUAUAGUAUUACUUCUUAAUUAUCCUUGCAUACUUGGUGUACUUGGUGGGAUUAAUUGUAGUAGCUAUAUCAUUCUAAUUGCCUACAAUGUGUUUAUACUCUGUCAAUUAACUCGACAAAUGUGUGACAAAAUAGUGCAUUUAUACAAAAUCCACACAAAAUAUAUACAAAAAUGUGCUAAUAACGUUUGAUAAGUAUAAGUGUAAACGUUGUAUGAGGAAAUUCCUAAUUUUAUACUAAUUGGAUAUAGGUUAUGUUAUAGAAAAAGUCUAUAGUUAUGGCAGAUGGAAUCAAAGUUAAGAAACUUAUAACCUCAACUCAUAUGUUACAGUGUAUUAUUUACAAAUUAUUCUUUGUUUCUUUAUAAAUCCCAAUCACUGAAUGGUAAUGGUUUUUAAAAUUGCAUAGUAAAUCUUUCAACGAAACAUUAUUUACACUGAUUAUGAGAGGUAAAAAGCAUUUAAUUAUUUUAUAAGGAAUAUAAUUAUAAUUGUUUUCUUAUAAUAACUGAUUUACACCUAUGACUAAACCAAAUGUGACUCAACUUUAGUAAUCUUUAACAUACAUUUAUUUUAUUUAUAUAUUAUAAAUAUAUUAUUUUAUAUAUAUGUUAUAUAUAAAUAUUUAUAUAUAUUUACAUUGUAUAGUUGGGCAUUUUCCGCUUCUGAUCUAGACUAACUUUUUCACACACACACAGUCUCUGAUAGCAUGAUCUCCAACUUACAUCACUAAAGCCCAAAUAAAAUUUAUUAACUGCCUACUUUUUCUUAAUCAGUUAUAUAUACAUACAUUUUUUAUGAUCACAAUAGAAUAUGAUUGUAAAAACAGGAUUUUAAUGUAUAUGUGUAAACUCAAUUGUCGGAAAAAAAAUUAUUGUACUGUUUGUAGGUUCCUAACAUGGUAAAAGUAGAUUUAAAUAUGCUACAGAAAUUCGUCGGGCAGUAGGAUCGCAACCAGAAAUUUGCGGAUCAAUUUGGAAUGAGCGUAAAGAUAAUUGCAGGGAAAAAAAAUUAUCUUAUUAAUUAGUCAUGAUACAUAUAUGAAUAUAGUCCUCCGAUUCAUUUCUGAAUAGCCCCUUCCGUAAAGAUAAUUGCAGUUAAAGAAAAUUACCUUAUUAAGUAGUCAUGAUACAUAUAUGAAUAUAGUCCUCCGCUUCAUUUCUGAAUAGCCACUUCCCUGGGUAUAUGUGCCUGCCGACACUCAACAAUAUUAACAAUGGUUAUUUUGUGAAUCUCUAAUAGAAUAAUUUUCAUCUAAAAUCACUAGCAACCCGAAAUGAUCCUAGAUAGUCACAUCUACCUACUUUUUCUAGUGUCAAAAAAUUAUUUAAAUUACCAUUUGUCUAGGAAAUCUGAUGUUCCACUUUAAUAUACCAUACUUAAACGUUAUACUAUUUGGGAAUGUUGAACUUCUAUAGGGCCAUAAAUAGCUCUUUAGCCCCACAUAUACGUGACUGUUUUAAACUCUAAAAGAUUAUUACAAAUUAUAAUAACUCUGAAUUUUCUUAAGAGCCUGACUCUCUUGAAAUCAUCACAUAGGACAAAAAACCAGUAGACGAAUUAAUAUCAAAAGAUUGCAUACACCAAUUUUCCGAAUCUUAAACGGGGACUUGCAAUCUUAUAUAAUUAGAAUAAUAAUAUAGUAAAUGUAUCAGAAUAGAGAUUAAUUAGGGAUCAAUUUAAAGAAUCCUUAACACGAUUUUAAUUAUUAGUGUUUAAUGUGCCCUGUUUUAUAUUGCAUAUUGCAUAGUAUAUACACCUAUUAUUAGUCAUUUAAGUAGUAUGUAUGUUUGUGUAAUUUUAAGUACGUAUACGUCUUAUAUAAAUC